AUGUUUGAGGAGCAGGCGACCAAGGUGAAGAUCACGUCUGUGGUGAUCGUGGUGGGCAUGGCGGCGAUGCUGGCGGCGGUGGUGACCGACCACUGGGCCGUGCUCAGCCCCCGGGUGGAGAAGCUCAAUGCCACCUGCGAGGCCGCCCACUUUGGCCUGUGGAGGCUCUGCAAGAAGAGCAUCUUCAUCGUGGAGGAGGACCCCCAGGGCAAAGGGUGCGGCCCCAUCAGCUUACCUGGAGCAAAGAACUGUUCCUACUUCAAACACUUCACAUCAGGGGAAGAGGCUGAAGUUUUUGAAGUCAAGACCCAGAAAGAGUACAAUAUUUCAGCAGCAGCCAUCGCCAUAUUCAGUCUAUUCUUCAUGACCCUGGGAACUCUCUGUGUGGUCUUGUCGUUUGGGAAGGGCCGUGACUACCUGCUCCGACCGGCUGGGAUGUUCUUUGCCUUCGCAGGCCUCUGCAUCAUCAUUUCCGUCGAGGUGAUGCGCCAGUCUGUCAAACGUAUGAUCGCCAGUGAUGAGACCAUCUGGAUUGAAUACUACUACUCCUGGUCCUUUACCUGCGCCUGCGCCUCCUUCACUAUCCUAAUCCUCAGCGGAGUCGCCCUGCUUCUCAUCUCCAUGCCCAACAUGCCUCGUAAUCCCUGGGAGACCUGCAUGGACGCCGAGCCGGACACCUUAGACUAG